AUGUUCUCAUUCAGUCUAGUCUCUUCUUGUGCCCUCGCUCUCCUUGCCGUCGCGGGAGUGCGCGCCGAAUCGCACACUAUCACGUUCACCAACCGCUGUGGUUUCGGAACGCCUACCCUUGUCUCCCACGGUGCUGUACUCUCAACAGGCGGGGCCUUCACAAUUAACGGGCCCAUCAACGCGACUGCCUUCUUGCAAACGGGCAGCUGCGGCUCUAACGGGGAGAACUGCUGCGAUCUCAACGUCUCUCUGAGUGCUAGCGCGUCGGUCUGCAACACACCUUCCUGCGUCGGGGUAUCGGGUGCACCUCUGCAUUGCCUAGUCAGCGGCGGAAACGUCGAAAUCACUUUCUGCUCGAGGCUCGAUGCCUGUCUAUCUGCCGUCACGCAUUACAUGUCCCUGGCUCAGCUCGCCCUCUUCGCGUAUACCGACACACAACAAAAAUGUCCCUCUAUGACCCACCACACCCGCGCCGCCUCCAACUCCGACACCCUCACCUAG